GCGAUAAUAAGCAGUCGUUCGUUUCGAUUUUUAUGAUAUUGUGGUUAAAAACGGUUAUAUCGGUUAUAAUAAGUUAUAUGUAUUCUCAGAAGUAAUAAGUUAUUUCGCUUAUGUAAUGCGGUACGAAGCAAUUGUGCGAACUUCGAAAAAUCUCACACAUAUUCCUAAAUGUUACAUUCGUUUCAUUAGCUUUAGUUUUAAGGGCGUUAAAAACAAUUGUGUUUUUUUAUUCGCAGGUGUUUCAGGAUAUGAAAUCGGAAUGUAAUCUCUUCAGCAAAUAUUGAUUUUCGUGACCUUAUUUGAUGUGUAGCUACUAGUGCUGUAUAGCUGUCAGUUUUGGUGUUUCAGUGUCUUAUCUUAAGGUAUUUUCUUAGGGAAUCUAACUUUGAUAGCGUUUCCAUGCGCAAGCUUUGUCUGCUUGUAGAAUGGAAUUCAAAACUUGCGACGCUCUAGAAAAAUAGGACAAGAGAUGUGGAAAACCAUUAAAUUACAUGUUGUUAUUGUAAACGAAACGCGUAGUGUGAUGAUAUCAAGUCCAUAAUCGCGAGGCUUUUAGUUGCUGGUCACUUGCUUGCACGUAUUGGUAGCUUUAUCUUUUAAAAACUUCAUAUCAAUAGUUUCAAAGAUAAGGUUCUAUAAGGGCUUAGCACUUCAACAAUUGCUAUAAUCGAACGUAGAGGUCUCUUUUUCUCGUUGCGUAUAGCGAUUAACAUCUCAGCAUCAGUUCAUGGCAUCUGAAAACGCAUAUCUACAUAGCAAAUUGGUGUGUUUCGAGAAUGAUAAAAAAUUUCCUUGUACUGAAAUAACACACAGUGUUUUUGAUAACACUGGACAACGACUUGCAUGCGCUUUCGGAGACCAUCGGGUGUUGAUAUUUAGUGAAAAUUCAAACAGUAACAGUCCCAUACAAGAAUGGGAUACAACCACUCUCACAGUAUACCCCCAGUCCCUCUCUUCUUUGCUUUCAAGCAAGGCAAUUAUUCUCGUACUCGACUGGAACGCUGCUGGAUCCUUGUUGGCUGCUGGGGAUUUCAAUGGUCUCUUUUACAUUUUCUCAGUUAGCGGUGGCAGUCUUUUAUCUUUCACUAACGUUUCCAACAAGAUAACAAACAUUCGGUGGAACCGGAAAGGGUCACAGCAUCUCUUACUUAUCUCUGGUGACGAUGGGGCUGUCGAAGUAUGGCAUUUAUCGGAGCAAACCCCUUUGCUUGUACAGAAAUUUUCACAUCAUACAUCAAGUGUUCGCGAUAUCCAAUGGCUGACGAAGGAGACCUUUGCAUCUUGCUCGUUGGACGGAAGUAUUUACGUUUGUCGCAUAGGAAAUGAAGAGACGCUCUACUCGUUAUUUAGUGAGCAAGCGAUAAUGUCGAUUCACUACAACGUGAAACAUGAUGCUCUAGCUUACUUUUCUUAUGAUAGGAACGUCAAGUUAUGGUCGUUGGAGAAAGAUUGCAUCCGUGAAUGGGAAGGGCACACUCGUGGAAUUUACGCGAUCUGCUGGAAUGAAUCUGACGAUUUGUUGGCAAGUGGAGGAGAUGAUAAAACCGUUCGAAUAUGGAACGUAAACAGCUCUUUAUGCCAAAGUCAAAAAGUGCUGCGUCAACACGACUUUCUUGUCACGGCCGUCUCUUUUUCACCAAACGGAAGAUAUCUAGCUUCAGCGGAUGUCAACGGAAUCGUCAUUGUUUGGACCACAGAGGAUUGGUCAACAGUGGUGAAGCACCAAUGCAGUGGUACCAUUCUCAAUAGAGACAGCCUUCAAUGGAAUACCAAAUCCACUAAAUUGGUCGUCGCCAAUCAAAGUAACCAGCUCAGUACUAUUGAAUGGAAGAGUUCAGACGAUGACGAUGUGACAUUGCUAUAGAAAAAAUAACGCAAGAUGAAAUAUUUCGUUAUUCAUGGCAUAACACACCCUGCUGUUUCAUCAGGCCAAUAACGUUGGAGCGAGCCCUAACUGUGAAGUUUUUUUUUUUUUUUAAGCGGGAUAACUUGUUGAAAUAUACAAUGAUUACGCCUAAUGUGGAAACCGUCUUUGGUUUUCUUUUUCUGAAGAUCGGUAAACGACUAAGCGUAAUUAGCAAUUAACAUUCAGUUGGAGAAGGGACUUUGCUCUAUAGAUUUUUUUUAAAAGACUAAUAUUCAAAUUGCCAAAGGGCUGAUGGCUACAGCUCGAUAAAAAGUGAAAGGUCGCUGCCGAUAGGAAGGCAACGGUCAGUUCUAGUUGUCGGGAAAGUUGUUCUACAUUUUUGUAGUCGGCAAGAAGACCCACCGACUACUCAGGGCAAUAUUCUAUUCUCCUCUCUGCCGUUCAGAUUGUUUCUUUUAAACGUGAACAAACAGAAUGACAUCGCAACAAGUGAAGAAGGUUCCGCCUAAAUUUUGGAAUCGGCGGCAAACUUUUUACAUUAGUGUCUUGUGCAUUUCAGCAACCAUUCUAGUCGCUGCUGCGAUAUGCGUCGUAUUGUUUAAAGAGAAACCAAUUAGUAGGUCAACACAGAAAGAAGUGACGGUUAAAGUAGAUGCUCUAACCCAACAGAAUCUUCAAGUUCUUUAUGACCAUCCACUGUUCACAGUUCAGCCCAAACCCUCGCAGACUGUGCAGAGUAACCUUACCGAUAUGGAAGCUGCAAUAAUCAAAACCACCCAUGAGCAACUACCGAUCCUCAAGCGCGUUCUUGCUGAGAUGCACAAUGUUACUUUUCUAAUAGUUAAAUGAUUGUUUUUGUGUGAAUUACCGAAACACGAAAAUAAACUAACCCGAUUUUUUUAAAUGAAAUUAUUUAGAAAAAUUCUUGAAUGUCCUGAGCCUGACCUCAUUUUCAUAUUGCUCCUCUGAGCAACCCAUUUACCUUUCAUCCUCAUUAAUUCUAUCUCGUACUUUCAGCAAUAAAUUAGUGAGCUCCUUU